AUGCCAAGGGCAACACCAACUAAAUCAAGACUUUCCGAGACAAAAAUUGGAGGUUCAAUUCCCCCAGAAGAAAAGUUCACUGGAACAGAGGAUGCAGCUAAGUUACACGUUUUCAUCACAAAUAUGGGAAUGAGGAUGGACACGAGACAACUUGACACUGAUGCAGAAAAAAUAGCAUUCUUGUGCGACAGAUUAUACGGUACUGCUGGGGUAUGGGCAGCACAAUGCUACCGCAAUUCACCAGGUUGCACAUAUGAAUCUUUCAAGACAAAAUUUGUUGAACAUUAUGCACAUAAAAUUGACCAUCAUAAGAUUAUCAAUCAACUACUAAACAUGAAAGAAGAUACAUUAGGAUUGGAGGACUAUAAUCUUAAAUUCACAGAAUAUGCAGCUCUGUUUCCUCCAUCUAUGACAAUUGACAAAUUUUUAGUUAGUAUCUAUCUUCGAGGUUUAAAAGGCGAAACAGCACGCUUUGUAUUAAACGAACAACCAUCUUCACUUAGCGAAGCAUGCAUUAGAGCAGAACGAGUUCGUUUACCAGACACCAGGGGAUACUAUAAUGCUAAGGAAACUCACGAGGAAAUCCUCAAGGCAACUAAUUCUGUCAAUAACAUAACUGACAAGAACGAACAAUCUGCAAAUAUGACUGUCGCUCCUAUUAUUCAUAAACCACAGUCAUACCACAAGAAUACUAAGUUUAAACAAUAUCCAAAAUAUGGAAAACAAAAAAGAUAUAAUAACCGCCAUAAAACACCAAAAUGUUACGGAUGUGGGAAAAUAGGUCAUUUCUUAAGAAACUGUCCAGAAAAAUCGACAAAAGCGAGUUCUCCUUAA